CGACGCAGGAAGUUCCGCAUUACGACUGCGGAUGAAGAUAACAGGCAAGUGGCUAAGGCUAAUGUUGGCUAACUAAUUAGCAGGAUAGGUCUUUGCCAUCGUGUGUGUUCCAGCCUCAACCAUGGAGCAGUGUGCAUGUGUGGAGCGGGAGCUGGAGAAAGUGCUCCACCGCUUCGUAAUGUACGGCCACCAGUCUGAGGAGAGGCUAGAUGAACUUCUACGCAGUGUCUGUGAGAUACGUGCACAACUAGUUGCUUUUGCAGGAGUACAAGAUGCAGACCUAUCAGUCCUAUCCCAGAAUAUGGCCCAGUGUUGUAAGAAUAUUAAAGAAACAGUGCAGAUGCUGGCAUCUCGACAUAAAGACAUUCACGGCAGCGUGUCAAAAGUUGGCAAAGCCAUCGACAGGAAUUUUGAUGCAGAGAUCAGUGCUGUGGUGGCAGAGACAGUGUGGGAUACUCCAGAAAGACAGAAAUACCUUAGUGAGUCCAUUGUGGAACACUUGUACCGACAAGGGAUGCUCAGUGUGGCAGAGGAUCUUUGUCAGGAGUCCGGUGUAGUUAUUGACAUGAGUAUGAAGCAGCCUUUCCUGGAACUAAACAGGAUCCUUGAAGCUCUGAGGAUGCAGGACCUCAGGCCGGCAUUAGAGUGGGCCGUCUCAAAUCGCCAGCGUCUUCUUGAACUGAACAGCAGUUUAGAGUUCAAGUUGCACCGUUUGUACUUCAUAAGUUUGCUCAGUGGAGGAAUAGGCAACCAGAUGGAUGCCCUGCAGUACGCCAGGCACUUCCAGCCAUUCGCAUCCCACCACCAGAGAGAUAUUCAGAUCUUGAUGGGCAGCCUGGUCUAUCUACGUCAUGGCAUUGAAAACUCCCCGUAUCGCAGCCUGUUGGAGACAAAUCAGUGGGCUGAGAUCUGUAACAUCUUUACCAGGGAUGCCUGUGCUCUACUGGGGCUCUCUGUAGAGUCUCCACUAAGUGUUAGUUUUGCGUCAGGAUGCAUGGCCUUACCGGUGCUGAUGAACAUCAAACAGGUGAUCGAACAGAGACAAUGCAGCGGAGUGUGGACGCACAAAGAUGAGCUCCCUAUUGAAAUUGACCUGGGCAAGAAGUGCUGGUACCACUCUGUGUUCGCCUGCCCCAUUCUUCGGCAGCAGACCUCAGAGAGCAAUCCCCCCAUGAAGCUCAUCUGUGGCCAUGUCAUCUCCAGAGAUGCACUCAACAAACUCACCAAUGCUGGGAAGUUGAAAUGCCCUUACUGCCCCAUGGAGCAGAACCCGUCACAUGCCAAGCAGAUCUACUUUUGAUACCAUACACUCUCCUCGUCAAGGAUGAAGUUACCUGGAGCUCUCUGAAUGUCCAGGACCCUUUGCUCUGGCCCCUGUCCUCUAUCCCUGGCCUCUUGGCCUGUUUAUUGUAAAAGCAUUAAGGUUUUAUCCCAGUGCUCCUCCGGACGGCCUCGGCAGUCCUGUAACCCACCUCGGACCCUCCAACUUUGCAUAGCAUUCAAGUCCUGCACGGUUGGUUGAACGAAAGCUUGUAGUAGAGUGAAGAGUCGAUCAGGUUGUCUUUGUGAAGAAGCGCCUCCGAAAAGAUCAUAGAAAUUCAUUUACAAAUGCCUGCAGAGUAAUAGGCUUAUCAUAUGUAUUACUUUCUAUUGUUUAGUUUUUUUUUGUUGUUGUUGCUUUUUUGACUUUUGGGUUGAACGAGUUGAUUUUUUUUUUCUUUUUAUUUGAAAGCAGAGGGAUAAUUAUAAAUGGGUUUAGUGUUUGAAGUAAAUGGAGUAGGUAGGCAGAGUCUGCUUUCAGGACGGUGAUAAGCUUGUAUUACUUUUGAGAUAACCCACAGAGUAGCAAACUCCACUGAAUGCUGAUAACAUCCUGGUUAAGGGGGAGUAAACAUGUGGUGAUCUCCCUUUAAUUGAACUCUUGAUUGUGGCUCCUCCAUGUUGUACUAAAGGCCUGAAAGCCACUGCUGGUUGAUGAGUAAAACGAUAAAUUCCUCAGCGGUUGGAACAGCUCUCUUUCUUUCUUUCUUUCUUUCUUUCUUUCUUUCUUUCUUUCUUUCUUUCUUUCUUUCUUUCUUUCUUUCUUUCUUUCUUUCUUUCUUUCUUUCUUUCUUUCUUUCUUUCUUUCUUUCUUUCUUUCUUUCUUUCUUUCUUUCUUUCUUUCUCUUGUUCUGCUUUUGUUUCCUUCUGUGACUGACUGCACCAGCAAGAUUUUCCUCAUUCUAGAAGCCAUUUGUCUUGUUCUGUGUGUGUAUUUAACAAAAGUGACAAAAAGCAAACAAAAAUAUACAGUGUACUACUGUGAAAUGUGUUCUGUUCCUAUUUUCCUUCACCACCACCUGAUAUAUAGUCAUUACCUUGCACAGCAACACACUUAAUCAGCACUAUUGCGUAACUAAGAUAAUAGUGACUCAAAAGCCUACUCCACUCGUGCCAUCGCUUCAGUCUGUGUAUACUAAGCUAGCACGCCAUGUGAUUUGGAGAUGUAAAUUGGUGUGAUGGUAGCCUUAUAGUAUGACUUGCAGUGACUGUGGGCUUGUGAAGUUUUACUUGUGGUGGGUGGGUAAGUCUUCUGGUCAUUGUGGCAGUUGUUUCAUAUAUAAAUAUAUAUACUCAAGAAUGCCUCUGUUUGAGUCAGGAAAGUUACAGUAAGAUCUUCACAGUUCCUCAGGGUUCAUGUUAGUAACUCAUACCACACUUUACAUUUAGUAUUUUUUUUUUUUUUAAAGUGCAUUUAUGUAAGGAGUCAUAUGUUACAUUUUACACAGUUGAAGCUAAUGGUUGGCUGUGGGAGUUCCUGGGGUUUGUACACGCCGUGUUUCAUGCGUCAGGUUGAACUUGGAGGAGGUGUGAAGGCAGCUGGAUGUACAGCACAGUUUGUGCAGAGCUGACGCAGGUUCCCGGCGUCCUCCCGGACAUGUAUGGUGAUGUCACCUCACGUUCCCGUGAGGCAAGUUUCUUCAGCAAACUAAUGCACCAGCAUCGCUUCUCCCCCAAACCCCCCACACCGAUGGCGCACUGUUAAUCUCCGUUUCAAAACCGACUUUAUAUUCUGUUUUUAUUUUAUUCCCUCACUUGGUUGACAAUCAUUCACCACUUCUCUCAGUCUCCCUCCGGAUAGAAUGCGAGCGUGUUGUAUACUCCUUAUCCUCUAAUUUUUGCUAAAUGUUUUGCAUUUCCUGCUUUUGUGUGUUAUGCAACUUUUACUGUACAUAUUUAUCCGCUAACAUGUUUCAUAUAUUUGCAUCUGAUAUUCAAAAAUAAAAAAAAAACCCAAUAUACUCUA